AUUCUGGAAGAAGAAUUUUGAAAGGAGUGAGUGGCAAAUUCAAAGCAGGUCAGCUAUCUGCCAUACUUGGACCUUCAGGCGCCGGAAAAAGCUCUCUACUCAAUGCAAUAUCUGGUUACCGAUCUCAAGGCGUGAGUGGUCGUUUGAGACUGAACGGAGUGGCAAGAGAUGAAGCCAGGUUCAGAAAGAUGUCGUGCUAUAUUCAGCAGGAGGACCUUUUGCAGCCAAUGCUUACUCUCCAGGAAGUCAUGAACUUUGCAGCCUUACUCAAACUUCCGCCAGGAACUGGAUACAAACAGAGAAGAGUUGUG